CGGGCGGGCGCUGCGGCUGCCGGGGCUGCCGCUUCCUCGGGCCAUUUUGCUGAGGAGCGACCAGGAGGAGGAGCCGCCGAGGGGACCCGGCGAGGAUCCGUGAGGCGGAGAGGGCGGCGGCGGCGCGGGCCCGGGCUUUCCUCGAUCGCGGGGAUCUCGAAGGGCGAAGGGAUCGCCGGGGAGGGGGACCGGAGAGCCGCGCCCGCCGCGCGGCGCGCCCCUUCCCGCCCCCUGCACCAUGAGCUGGGGCACCGAGCUCUGGGAUCAAUUUGACAACUUAGAAAAACACACACAGUGGGGAAUUGAUAUUCUUGAGAAAUACAUCAAAUUUGUAAAGGAAAGAACAGAGAUUGAAGUCAGCUAUGCAAAGCAACUCAGGAACCUCUCGAAGAAAUACCAACCCAAAAAGAACUCGAAGGAGGAAGAAGAAUACAGGUAUACGGCGUGUAAAGCCUUCCUUUCCACCCUGAAUGAAAUGAACGAUUACGCGGGGCAGCAUGAAGUCGUCUCCGAGAACUUGACCUCACAGAUCCUCGCGGGGUUAGCACGCUACGUCCAGGAACUGAAGCAGGAAAGGAAAUCGCACUUUCAUGACGGACGGAAGGCCCAGCAGCACAUAGAGACCUGCUGGAAGCAGCUCGAGUCGAGCAAGCGGCGAUUUGAGCGGGAUUGCAAGGAGGCUGACCGGGCGCAGCAGUACUUUGAGAAAAUGGAUGCUGACAUCAACGUCACAAAAGCGGAUGUUGAAAAGGCACGACAACAAGCUCAAGUCCGUCACCAAAUGGCAGAGGACAGCAAAGCUGAUUACUCAUCGAUUCUUCAGAAAUUCAACCACGAGCAGCGCGAGUAUUACCACACUCACAUUCCCCACAUAUUCCAGAAAAUACAGGAGAUGGAGGAGCGGAGGAUAGUGAGACUCGGAGAAUCCAUGAAGACCUAUGCGGAGGUCGACCGGCAGGUGAUUCCAAUCAUUGGGAAGUGCUUGGAUGGAAUAGUGAAGGCGGCCGAGUGCAUUGAUGAGAAAACUGACUCACAGCUGGUCAUAGAGGCCUACAAGUCGGGGUUUGAGCCUCCCGGAGACAUCGAAUUUGAGGAUUACACACAGCCGAUGAAGCGCACCGUGUCGGAAAACAGCCUUUCCAAUUCCAGAGGAGAAGGCAAAGCAGAGCCCAAAUUCGGGGGCAAACCCAAAGGAAAGUUGUGGCCGUUCAUCAAGAAAAACAAGCUUAUGUCCCUUUUAACAUCCCCCCAUCAGCCUCCCCCUCCUCCCCCUGCCUCUGCCUCACCCUCUGCUGUUCCCAACGGCCCCCAGUCUCCCAAGCAGCAAAAGGAACCCCUCUCCCAUCGCUUCAACGAGUUCAUGACCUCCAAACCCAAAAUCCACUGCUUCAGGAGCCUAAAGCGAGGGCUUUCUCUCAAGCUGGGUGCAGCGCCGGAGGACUUCAGCAACCUCCCGCCCGAACAGAGAAGGAAGAAGCUCCAACAGAAGGUUGACGAAUUAAAUAAAGAAAUUCAGAAGGAGAUGGAUCAAAGAGAGGCCAUCACCAAGAUGAAGGACGUGUACCUGAAGAACCCUCAGAUGGGAGACCCAGCCAGUUUGGACCACAAAUUAACAGAAGUCAUCCAAAAUAUAGACAAGCUGCGGCUCGAGGCCCAGAAGUUUGAGGCCUGGCUGGCGGAGGUGGAAGGCAGGCUCCCGGCCCGCGGCGAGCAGCGCAGGCAGAGCGGACUGUACGACGCCCAGCCGGCCCCGACCGUCAACAACUGCGCGCAGGCCCGGGAGAGCAGCCCGGAUGGCAGUUACACGGAGGAGCAGAGCCAGGAGAGCGAGGUGAAGGUGCUGGCCACGGACUUCGACGACGAGUUUGACGACGAGGAGCCGCUGCCCGCCAUCGGGACGUGUAAAGCGCUCUACACCUUCGACGGUCAGAAUGAAGGAACCAUUUCAGUAGUUGAAGGAGAAACGCUGUACGUCAUAGAGGAAGACAAAGGUGACGGGUGGACGCGCAUUCGGAGAAAUGAAGACGAAGAGGGCUAUGUCCCCACUUCAUACGUCGAAGUGUAUUUGGACAAAAAUGCCAAAGAUUCCUAAGGUGGCCAAGGAGCCAGAGCCGGAGCCUUCCCAGGAGAAACCCUCCGGUCUGCUUGUCUCCACAGGCCUGGCUGUGAACCGUGCACUCGGGCUGGGCUGCGGAGUGGCCGCGUCUUCGGGCCGAAGGGACCCCACGCCGUGCAGCUGCCUGCCUCUGCUUUCUUUUCUUUCCACAGCAUGCUCCUGUAGCCGCUCCGCCCAGGCCCCUCUGGCCACCUCUUGGGUCAGAGCUGUCCCCAUCCCAGUCCCACCCCGAGCAGGACACGACAGCAGCUGGACACGGCUCCCUCCUCCCCCCACUCCGGCCCUGGCCUCAGUCCUCCUGGCUGCUCCGGCCCGUCCACGGUUCACACUGUGCCUUUUGUGAAAACCUUGCCACUGGUCUCCCAGGGAGACCAACAGAACCUGGACAAGAGGGUCGGACCCACCAGGCGGACUGCGCGCCCGUGUCCGUGAUGUGGUCCUGCGUUUACAUUAGAAAAGACUCACCUUUGCCCAAGUCCAUUGAGCCUUCGGUGGGCCCUUUCUGGUGACGGCUCCUCACCUCAUGCCGAGUGUCGGCCCUUGCAACACUUCACAGCCUGAGAGUGACAGUGGCGGGCACUGGGGCGGACGCACACAAUGCACACACACGCGCGCAUACAUGUACAUGCAUGUGUGUACACAUGUAUGCACAUUUUUGUUUGGGGCCCUGCCUUCAGUGGGUCCACACUGGAAGUCGAAUUCCAGCCCUCAGCCCCACCCUGCUGUCCUGCCUGUUUCACCCUUAGGGGCGGGGGCCGAGGGCCGUGUCCCCGAGAACUGUGGCUGUGGCACUUGGUGACUGAGGAGCACCCCGCCACACCUCUGCAUUAGCUCGUCGCUAAGUGAAAGUUCCCCUUUUCUUGGAUUCCAAGAUCUUCGUCUCUAGGAUUUAGCGCUUCCGUCACCAAAGGCCUGUGCUCUGUCCUUCGAGUGACCCUGCGGCUCCAGCUUCCGUGUCCGCCAUGUGCUCUGGGCCACACGGACGCGGAACUCCCUGCGUUUGCUUCCUGGGCUGCCUCUCCUUCCUCUGCUCUCGGGGAAACCGUGAGGCCGCGCCGCCACUCACGCCUAGGGCGGCGGGCUUCUCUCUAGUGCAGAGCAGCCGAGAGGUCACCGGCCGGGAGUUUCAGGGACGGCAUCGGGCCUCUUCCUUCUGUUUGGCGUUGGGUUGCGAGGUGUCACCUCGAGCAUCCUCAGUUCUGGACGUUGAUGAAUCCAACACAAGGAAGUCUCCUAGGAGCCGGAGGGCGGGGGCGGGGGGCAGGUCCUGAGGGGUGGGCCCGUGGGCCUGUGGCCAGUAGGAAGAUGGCUCCUCUCGGCAAACUAGGGGUGGCCACACACCAGCCUCUGGUGACUGGGACCCUGAGCGAGCGAGUGCCUGGGGGAGCAGGGCAAGAGGAAGUGGCUUCAGGUUUCGGGUGAGCGAGUGGCCAGCCUGGGCCCUCUCGCUCUUUCUUCCCAGAAGUGGGGCUAGACCCAGGCUCACACCACCUGCCCGGACCCUGCAGAGCAGGCAGCCCAGUGCAGCAAAGGCCAGGAUGCCAAAGGCGAGAGGAGUCAGAACCCCCCGCAUCCCUGCAAACCAACAGGUGCCUGGUUAACGGGGGCAGGCGGUCCAGCUCUGCCCAAGGCUCCAGGGCGGGUGACCUGGUCUCCGGGGUCCGCGAGUGUCACCUGUCUGCGGGCCACUCCAGGGCACACGGAUGUGACGGCUCAUAAAGCCGAUCCCAGAGCCUCCAGUGCAUGUGCAGCGCAUCUAAUGGGUCAGGACAGUCAUUUCGUGCAGCCCAGGGGGAGGGAGACGCUGCAGCAACCUGUCCUUUCCACGUCUGUUACGCUCGGUGUAGAAUAUGCUGUGUCCUGUGUCCCCUGCCCCUAUCUUUUCCGUCCGCACCGCCUGCGCCCGACAGUGGACGAGCGCUUCUCAGCAGUGACCUGGGUGCCUGCCCCUCCGCACUCCGCUCAGGAAGGAGGUGACUGUCCGCCAGCCCAGGGGUCACUGACUGGGCCUCCCCCGUGGAAUCGUCUGUUACGAAGGAGCGUCCACCUCGCCUCGCGUAGGAGCUGGACCUCCCCACGUGCUGCCCGCCUCCCUCGGACCCGCUGCUGUCACCCCACCACCGUUAGAUAUCCUGCAAGGACGCAUCUUUAGAGAGCCUGUCCCGAGAAGGACUUGAAACAGAGGGACAUGUCCUUGCCCCGCUUGUCCCUCUCGGACGGAAACCACGGGGAGGCCGGCCCACGUGAGGGUUUCGUCUGGGCCUGGGAGCUCUUAGGUGGCCAGCGGCACGGAGGCCUCCCCUGCCUUUGGCAGCAGCUGGCAUCACAGGAAGCUUACCGAACAGAAAACGUGAUGUUACGCGGUCACGGCUCCGCCUCCUGUGCUCCUGUCACCCAAACCGUGACCCGAAGCUGUUUUACCCGACGGGGCGCACCUGGCCACGGCUGGUUUGUGCUGCACUAACCCUUACUGGAGGCACCGCGGCCUGGGCACGGCCAUUGCCAAGGUUCUGGAGAUGGGAUUAAACCAAAUAAAGUUCCGCUGGAAGGCUUCUCUGGACCCUGUA